AUGGCAAAUCGGACUGAUGAUGCCGACUACGAUGCCGGCGAAACGUUUGAGAAUGUACCAAGUCGACUGUCUGAUGCUGGGAAUCAUGGCAACCACGAUGGUAGACGACUUCGGACUAGGUGCGCUCUACUAAGUCGCCCUGACAACAAGACCAUGUUGCGACAACGAGGUCAACCCAGUUCUAUCAAUCGAAAUGAGACUGCGGCCAUACCAGAGGCCACAACUUCUUGGUCUUCAUAUCUUCAAGAAAGACUUAAGACUUGGCUAAAGGACGCCCUUGGUGUGUGCGUAAGUAAUGAUGAAAUGGAAAAUUGGAGAAUGAAUUGA